UCGCAGCAGGAGCGCCCUGAAAGAAUCUCUGUCGCAGGGCCAUUGACAGGCUGUCAGCAGCCGUUUCAUUCAUAAGAAUCGCCAUCAUUAAAUUUUACACAUCGUAUAUUAUGUACUGUGCGAAAAUGCGGUCAUAUUUUCCGUCACAUUUGUCAAAAAAAAAGCACAAGUCAAUAGACCUGUUGUACUUCUUGUUGAUUAAUAGCAUGUUAAUAUAGGAUGUGAAUCAGAAGCAAUUUAUUUCGUACUUUUAACCACGUCUAGUUAAUUUAACUAUGUUAAUGUUAACGCAAUAUGCCUAUAUUUCUGUAUCGUAUAUGUAUGUGUGCAUAGGAUCGCGUAGGUUAAAUAUUGUUUAUUGAGCGGAACGAGCUUUCGGGGGUGAAAAUCACAUUCACCCGUUCAAUCAUCUUCUAAACGAUCGACACUGACAAUUCCCCCAGGAAACAGGAGCGCACGCCUUAAGCCCCCCGGGUGUGACAGGGGGUUUAUGCGGGAUUCCUCCACCCAGUGCUUAUAAAGGGCGGAGAAGCCGAAGUCAACGCCACUCAACCUGACUCGGUUUCACUGAGCGCUAACAGGCGAGAGAAUUACCAAGAAUGAAGAGUUUAAAGACGCAUAAAACUCACGCCUUGGCGUUUCUACUGGUAGCGACACUCGUUUCUCAUUCUUGGAGCGCGCCAAAGGAUGGUUUUCAACGAAGAAACUGGACGCCGCAGGCUAUGCUGUAUCUUAAAGGGACACAGGGACGUCGUUUCAUAUCUGAAGACAGAAAUGAAGGGGACGUGUAUGACACAGUCCAUCUAGAGACACGCAGCCAGAAGGCAGAGCAGCUUAGUGUGUCACGGGCGGCAGCUGUGCUCCUGAACUUCCUCCAACAGGCCAAGGAAGAAGCAGAAGAAAACGCCGAUCAAGUUUACUUCCAAGAUCUUACACCAUGGAAACGAGAUUAUUUCUGAUAGGUCGUUGACGAAUUUAUCUUUGUCGGACGAACAUGUGUUUUAGUUUGUUUCUAUUCUGUAGAGGAAAUAUUGAAUUCUGUACGCAGUUUUGACUCGGUGUUUUGAAUGUACUGUUAAUUAAAUGAAAGUUUGCAUUCGAUUUGAUACUUUGUUGUACUACAUGCUGUUCCAUUAAAAUUCACCAGGGGGCACAUAAUCUGCGCAACACAGAAAUUAAUUAGGGCGAUUAUAGAAAAUAAAGUUUACAAUCAAAAGUUUUGAAAGUUAAUUUUAAA